CUUAAUAAUUUGUAGAACUGCUACUUUCUCUAGCAUCACAUUUUUCUUUCUUCAAAAUGCUAAUGACGCGCGUGUUUUUCAAGUGAUGUUCAAAUUUGGACAGCGAUAGCCAAAUACAUGGCGCGUUUAUCCGCCCGUCGAAUCCGUCCGCGGGAUUCGUCUCCGAGGAACACUCGUCCCGUCGAGAGCGGACGGCCGCGAGAUAGUUAAUAGUAGUAGUAGACGGACUCGGUGGAGGAGUCUCCUCUCGAGUUUCACCGACUUACUUAGGAGCGCGCGCGGAGAAAAGCGGCGUCAGUUCGCAGGGGCGAUUUGCCGCGAGAGCGCAGAGAGCGCGAAAGUUUCCUACCGCGUCACAAACGAGCGAGAUCGCGACUCCGGCACUCUUUCGCCAGAUCGGAAAAUGGAGAACGCAUCCGCCGAUCGCGAGGUACCCGCGUGGUAAUCGGCAAGCCCGCUUCUUUGAUUCGGAAAUAAAAAAAAAAAAUAGAGCGAGAGGGUUAGCAAAGGAUGCGAGACAGCGGAGAGUGAAGAUAAGGCAGCACUUGGCAGAGUUCAGAGUUUGUUUUGUCAAGAUUGAAUUAAAGUGAUAAAUAAAUAAUGGAUUAAAAAAUUGACAAUCUAGCUGACUGGAUUGAUGAUCAAAUAUUUUGGUGUGCCACAAACGCGGUGCAAAACGAGUAGAAAAUCACGGUAUCGUUCUGUCAAUGUGUGAUUCCGCAAAUUUCGGUAAGCCACACUCGUCUGCAUGGUUUUGGGGGAGAUCUUGAGUUUGUGCAACCGGAAGAACGCGAUUUUCGUUAUUCUGUGCGCCGCGGUCAUUUACGUGCAUCUCAUCGCGGGGAACGAGGAGGUGAAGUGCCGCGGAAGAGGGUCGCGGUGCCGCGAGGACGAGGAGGCGUCGAGAUUGCUGAUCGCGCUGCAACUAUGCGGAAGGCGAUCGCCGUGCUUGCGCUGAUCGCGUUCGCGUGUGACAUCUCGCGCGACGUUCUGGUCCACGGCAAACCCGCCAGGAAGCCGGAAGCUGCGGGACGAAAUGACGGCUACGAGUAUCAGACGGAGCUGCACGGACAGUUCGACGACGUGGAAAUGUCGCGAAGGAUCGCGGAGGACCGCGAGCGGUCAGGUGAGCCCGUAGGCAAGUGGAGGAGUAACGGCGAGGCACUCGAGCCGAAGUGGCGCGACGGUGAUUCCGUGCCGCUGCUGCCGUUCUCUCACUACCGGUCCUACUCGAGGGACGCGGUCGACGAUGUCGAGGACUUCCCCGCGACGAGUCGGCGACCGCUCAAGCAUCGCUACUCGCCUAAUCGGCCGAAUCGCCCGCGAGAGAAUCCGGGCGGACAAGCAGCUGCCGCGGACGACUACGAUUACGAGGCGGCGGCGUACCUGCGGAGCCGCGACUACGGCAAUCCGGACGAAAAUUAUGCGCGCAGGAGACGUCGUCCGUCGAAGACGCCCCGCGAGGAGACGAUCGAGAGCGCGGCGAGCAGCGACGGAAUGCGCGAUCGCGACCGCGCGAGCGACACGCUGAACGACGAGGUGACGUCGCGGUAUCGCGAGGCCUUCCAGGCGCGUCCCGACGAAUACGAGCACGAGUUCAACGACGAGGAGUACCUGCGGCCGCGCCCGCGCAAGAGAAGGCCACCGCAGAACUACGAGUUCGCUCUGGCGAACGAAGCCUCCGACGAAGAGAACGAGGAACCGAGAGACCCCGCGAAACUUGCGUCGCAAAGGCAGAGCGAGGACCCGCCGACGACGACGCAGUCGUCCGACGACGGCGAGCGGAAGAACGCGCUCGAGCUGAAGUCGCUGCUGAAGAUGCAGCAGCAGGAGGGCCUGAGCCUGUUGGAGAUCCUGCAGCGCAAGAAUCUCACCCUGAGCGACCUGCUGAAGGGCAAAGCCGACGUGAUCAACGCGCUCAAGUCGCGGAUGGCCGACGAGUCCGACGAAUACGUCGAGGAGAUGUCGAGGGUGAUGUCGAACUCGCUGAUGAAGCUCGCCGCGACGGCGACGCUGCCCUGGAGACCCGCGCAACAAACGUCCACGGCGCCCGGAAGCACCACGGCAAGAACAGUGGCGACUUCGAGCGGUCCGGACAACUCGAUCUUUAAAACGACGGCUGUCCUGCGGAACACGUCCGAGAGUUACGACGAGAUUUCCGCGAACGACGCGGCUAACGUGAAAGAUGAGCCGAAGAAUGUCGAAAGGAGGACGCAAUCGGCGCGCGAUUUCCCGCGGCUGCGCGCGACCACUCCUGCGAUCGUCACGACGGUGACGAUUACGACACCGGCGUCGCCGCCGGACGCGAUGAGCUCCGUGGAGUAUCUGUCGAACGACGACGGCAACGCCGAGUCGACGGGCGACCGCGCGACGAAGCUCGGCGCUCUCGACGAGGACGAGAUCAUGGAGUUCUCGGACUUCACGGACUUCACGAAGAAGGGCAAGAGCCCGACGGCGUCGAGCUGGUCGGAGGAGCCGCCGGGCGAAACGGUCGGCCCGCGCGACACCGAGUCCACUCUCAGCAUCGAGCGGAUCCUCAAUCCCACGGUGCGGGUCGAGCUGACGAAAGACCGUGAGAACGCUGAAGGAGCGAACGGAAAGGUCAUUCGGAAUGGCGAUCGAUCGGUUCCCACCGGCGAGCCCUCCGCGGAGGAUUACAACGGCUUCGUCGAGGCCGAGUAUCAGAACGACGCUCCUCCGGUCGACCAUCCCGCGGACGACGCUGGACGCGACGCGAUGGCGGCCGACUCGAGAGCGAGCGAGAGCCACGCGAGCUCGGCUGACGAUAGAAAGGAGAUGCCGCGCGAGAAAAAUCACUCGAGCGAGUAUCAUCGGGUGGAGCAAUCGGCGAGGGAGAAGCCGCGAAGCCGCGAGGAGCACGCGAGCAGCAGCAGCAGCAGACGCUACGAGGACGUCGUCUCCGAGAUCGAGCCGGAGGCGCGCGCGGAGAUCUUCGAGCUGUUCGCGUCCGGCUCGGCCGGCAGGCGGCUGGAGCGGCUGCUGAAAUCGCGGAACAUGAGCGUGGAGGAGCUGAUCGCGCUGCGCCAGCGCGGCUCCAGCAGGGUGCAUUUGACGGAGGUGUCGCGGCUCAAAGCGUCCAGAAAUCCGCCGAUCUUGGAAGCCUCAAAUACGAACAAGGGUGAAGUACCGUUCCCGAAGGACUCUCACGAGCAUUUCGGCGCGCGUAUAAAAGCCCUGGAGAAGGAUAGCGCGAAGCAGGAAGUGGAAAGGCCGACGAAUCAGUUCAGGGACAUCAUGAGCUACCUGCACAAUCCGUUCCUCGACAAGGACGAGGCAAAUAUAUCGCGACUCCUCGACCUCGCUGAGCGCGACAGGGACGCGUCGAUCGGCACGGCGUCCUCUGAAAAUAAGUACAGGCCGGAAAAUUCCGAUCGAACGAUCGUCAAUUUGCUGACGCCGUUCGGCGCGUUCGCGAAGGACCUGCAACAGCAGUUCGAGACCGAGGAGGAGAUGAAAAGCGAGGAGUCAAAGGCGAGCCUUCCGACCGGCGACGACAACACGAGCACGAUGCUGAUCGGGGAGAGGAAGACCGUUCCGCCGGAAGACCGCUCCAGCGAGCUUCGCGCCGGCUACGUGGAGGAGAUUGCGAGAGAGGCGCCGACCACGAUCGAGAUAAGAACGAUUGGCGACGAGACGGCGAGCCGCGCGGACGCCGAGGACGAGCGGAAGGCGCUGUCGAGGAUGAGGCCGAGCAUAAUAGCGAGCGGCGCGAUACUGGGCGUGACGGUCGUCGUGUUCCUCGCGAUCUUCAUCGUCUGCCGGAUCCGGCAGAAGCAGCGUUACACGUACAGGAACACAUUCUCGCGCGCGGUCUUCCAGGGCCCGGUGAUGGCGGCGAGGAAGCUGUCCAACUCGAGCAGCCUGAGCACCGUGAUGGUGAACGUCGUCGCGACGUCGACGGCGAAGAGACCCGAGCGCAUGGAGACGCAGGAGGUCGCGGAGGAGUUUGACGGCAAGUGCGACAUGGACAAUGACUCGCUGGACGCGAACGACAGCUGGGAGACGAUACCCGAUUACGCGAAAUAACUACGCGCAAUCGUACGAUUAGCCUAUCAGUCGCGGUCAAGUUGAUGCAAAAGAUUCGUUUCGAGAUCGUAUUUUAAUCGCGCUAAUUUUGUUCGGCAAUUUUCACUUCCAACGAAAUAUCCCCUUUCCGUCAAUCGCUCUUUAGUCGUCUUGAAAUAUAUUCGACAUUUAAAAUCAAGAGACACGGUAGUGUCUCGCGCCAAGUUCACGCGCAGCG